ACACACACACACACACACACUACCUACACCGAUGCUCAUUUUGCUGAUUUCCAUCGACAUCUUAGCGUAUAAACCUAAAUAACAGACCGCGUAAAAACGACUAAAAUAGGGACAGCAAAAUUGGCUGUUAGAAAGGAAAAAAGGGAGAUACAAUUAGAAUUCAUAAUAUUUACACACUCUAUAACAAUUAUUAUUAUUAUUAUUAUUAUUAUUAUUAUUAUUAUUAUUAUUGUUGUUGUUGUUGUUGUUGUUGUAUAGUUAUUUGUUCUGCUCUUGCUGCUGCUGCGGAUGCUGUCUGCCUAUUUGCGGUGUUUGAUAUAGACUUACCUUGUCACUCUGUGCCUUGGUUGUGCACUCGGUGUUUUGGUUUUCGGUUUUGCUCUUUUUAUUUUCCGACUUGUAUAUUAGAAGAAUGUUGAAUUAAAGCUAAUUGCAUAUUAUUACACAAAGAAGGUAUGCAGUUCUUUGACACAGCUUCAGCUGCACUUCCUCCUUCCCAUUCCAAGUGUGGAUGAAACACCUCAGGCCGCUUUCAGACGAACCGAAAACAACAGUCACUGGAGAAUAUAAACAUGCACAGGUUCUCCCGUGCUGCAGUGACAUCAUUAGCGGUCACGAAAGAACAGUGCCAGCCACCGACAACAGAAAAUCCAUCGAAUUCGCCUUUUUACGCACGGUCCGAGCGGAAAUUUGUACCUGCACGCGCGACGGUUCUUUUGCAAAAGAGGGAAGAGUGAUACCACGAUGCAGACAUCAAACAUCGACCUCUAAAGGUGACAUGAUCCACCGGAUUAUCAAACGCACCUCGCACUUUUUCAUCGAAAACGGAAGCUAACGCCUCACCAGAAGAAUACGAAUAUUUCACUGUUCCCUGGAUGCGCAAAACAAAUCUUUAUCUAUAACAAAAAUAUUGCAUAAAAAUAUAGUGUCUGGAAAACUGACCUAAACUUUGCGAAAAUAUGGCUACAAUGAUUCGAAGCAAGAUUUCCAACAAGCUGUCCAAUGCAGCUUCUACUGUUACUAAUAAAUCGCAGGCGAAGGUAAGUGGUCUCUUCGCCAGGAUGGGCUUCCAGGCUGCCACUGAUGAUGAAGCACUGGGAUUCGCAGCCUGUGACGAUCUGGACUAUGACCACAGGCAAGGACUGCAAAUGGACAUUCUGAAAAAUGAGGAAAUAGGGCAAGAGGUCGGUGUCGACAACGGGGGAGAUGGAAAUAUAGAAGGGGACAGCCACUAUCAGAGAGAUGGCACAGGUCCGCCACCCUCUGGGUCAAAAGAUGGCGGUUUGUGUAGCGAAAUUGGGUCUCCAGAUAAACCGAGAAUCACUGCUUGGGAGGCAGGAUGGAACGUCACCAACGCCAUCCAGGGAAUGUUCGUACUUGGGUUACCAUACGCCAUUCUCCACGGCGGAUAUCUCGGACUUUUUCUUAUCAUUUUCGCCGCAGUUGUGUGCUGUUACACAGGGAAAAUCCUGAUCGCUUGUCUCUAUGAAGAAAAUGAAGACGGACAACUCGUGAGAGUGAGAGACUCGUACGUUGACAUUGCCAAUGCCUGCUGCGCGCCCAGAUUCCCAGCUCUGGGAGGUCACGUUGUGAAUGUAGCCCAGAUCAUUGAGCUUGUCAUGACUUGCAUUUUAUACGUCGUAGUGAGUGGUAACCUGAUGUAUAACAGCUUUCCAAACUUCCCAGUCUCCCAGAGGUCAUGGGCCAUUAUCGCCACCGCUGCGCUUCUGCCUUGCGCCUUUCUGAAAAACUUAAAAGCCGUCUCCAAGUUCAGCCUGCUCUGCACCCUCGCCCACUUCGUGAUCAACGUACUUGUGAUAGCCUACUGCUUGUCGAGAGCACGAGACUGGGCCUGGGAUAAGGUGAAGUUCUACAUCGACGUGAAGAAAUUCCCUAUAUCUAUCGGCAUUAUCGUCUUCAGCUAUACCUCGCAGAUCUUCUUGCCGUCGUUGGAGGGGAAUAUGCAGAAACCCAGCGAGUUCCAUUGCAUGAUGAACUGGACUCACAUUGCCGCAUGCAUUCUUAAAGGCCUGUUUGCUCUGGUGGCGUAUUUAACGUGGGCAGAUGAAACCAAAGAAGUUAUCACAGACAACCUGCCGUCCGGAAUCAGGGCCGUUGUCAACCUUUUCCUGGUGUCUAAGGCCCUACUGUCAUACCCGCUACCUUUUUUUGCUGCUGUCGAGGUACUGGAGAAGACAUUUUUUAAUGAUGGACCGCGUACAUUUUUCCCAGACUGCUAUGGUGGCGACGGACGACUAAAAUCCUGGGGUCUGUCUUUGCGAUGUGGCCUUGUGGUGUUCACCAUGUUAAUGGCCAUUUACGUGCCGCACUUUGCGCUACUCAUGGGUUUAACUGGCAGCCUGACGGGCGCUGGCUUGUGUUUUCUCCUCCCUAGUCUCUUUCACCUGAAGCUGCUUUGGAGGAAGUUGCUAUGGCACCAAGUCUUUUUCGAUGUUGCAAUAUUUGUUAUUGGAGGUAUAUGCAGUAUUUCUGGGUUCAUUCAUUCAAUGGAAGGUCUAAUUGAAGCGUUCAAAUACAACAUACAUGAUUAGCUGCGAGAAACACCACGUGACGGACGUGUGGUGACGUGUUAGUGGCACCUAACAUCUAAACAACUAAUGGUUCUUAAAUGUAAUGUUCUCAGUUUUCACUAUGUUCAAGCGACAACAUCAAACAAAGAAACAAACAACAACAAAAGAAAAAAACAAUAAACUUAUUAACAGAAAUAUAGCCCCAAAAUAUAUAUAAAAUAUACACACUGACAUUAUACUAAUAUAUAUAUAUAUAUAUAUGUGUGUGUGUGUGUGUGUGUGUGUGUGUGUGUGUGUGUGUGUGUGUGUGCGUGCGUGUGCGCGUCUGUAACAUAUCAUAAUGAAGAAUGCAUUUACAUAUAUUUUUUUUGUAAGUAUACCAUAAUUGUACAGAAUCUAUCGAAGAAAAAAUUUUAUAAUUUCACAACGCCCAGCAUUUCGAGCAAGAAAUAAAAAUUAUAUGUUUACAUAAAUUGAUCCAUAAUUUGCUCGACGUUCAUUUAAAUAAUAAUAACAAUAAUAAAAAUACUACUACUAAUAAUAAAGUAUUAAUAAUAUCAAUAAUAUACACUAAUAAAUAAUAAUAUCAACAUAUAUGAAUUUUAUGGUGAAGAUUCUUUCUGAACAUAUGAAUAAUUAUAAUUUAUUGAAUUAGGGAACGAUAAAUAGGGCCGCGUGCAUACAGGAGUACUACAGCUAUGCAUUCUGAACGUAUGAUGCGUAAUGCAGCAUUAAAUACAGUUGGAGGAGUCGUAAAAGCAGCAAUGUUUCUUCCAGAAAACGUACACGCUCGUUUGUGAUUGAUCUAUGACGCACAACAUGCACACUACAGAAAUGCUAACAUAUAAAGAGAAAAAAAGAAAAGAAAGAAUAUUUCAAUUGGCAUAAAAUUGCUGGUGACCGGUUGGAAAGGCGCACAAUAACACAAUAUCUAACAUCGGAUAGCCUAUAAUUUCAUUAUUGCUUUCCCUGUCGAUCGGGCCGUGAGGUUUUUAGGCUAAUACUGACCUUUUCAAUGAUCUUGAAUGAUACUGAAAAUAAUUACGUGUACGAAUCUAUAUUAUAAAAAAUAGACUUACGUGAGACAUUUUUCAUUUUGUCAGAUCUGAUGGUUGCUGUGAAAAUGUAAUAAACCCGUAUGUGUACUGUUAUUGUGGUUCACCUUACGAAGAUGGAAUGUACUUCACAAAGUCGUUAUAAUAUAUCGUGAUCAAUAAAAAUAAAAAAAUAAACACGAUAACUUAUUGUA